AUGAAGAAUCAAAGGAGUAACUUGCUGUUGGCAGCAAUUUGUUUAACAAUUGAGUCGGCAUCAGCCUUCCAGUCGUCACGCCCUGGUAGGGUUGUUCGUGGCAGUGCAUCUACGAUGUUUGCGGAAGAUCCCGAUAGUAGUGCUCCCAAAAAGAAAGCCUCGGGGAAGAAGAAUGCUACAACGAAAAAGGCUUCUCAUGCGGCUGCAGAACCAUCGGAAGAUAGCCCUUAUCUCGGACCCGAAGUUGAAACUCCAGAUGCCUUCCAGUUCGAUUUGACAGGUGGCCGUCCAGGAGCGAUUAUUGAAACAGAAGAACAGCUGAUGGAGAAAGCGAAGAUUUUUGAGGAAAUUGAGUCAGGGGAGCGUGAUUACCCAGACUGGUUUAACAAGUAUGGAACUCUCGAAGAGGAAAUAUUGGCAGAAUACGAUAUUGAUGACCCAGAUGCAAUCGAUGCCAGUACACUUGGAAGUUAUGACAUCACAGAUCUGCAAGCAAAACUCGAUUACGAGUGGGAUCCAGAUGUCGACGAGGAUCCAAAUAUUAUCAGGGAUACAACUGGAUUCCUUGAAGAGACAGAAAAGGACGAGGAGGGAGUUGAGGUGGGUUACGACCCUAUGUUUGGACCAUCCAAUCCAGUUGAUACGAGAACCAAGCUUGGUGCAGCCGAGUCAUACAUGAUCAAUGAAAAGACAAGGGAUCCAAAAAUGGUGACUCCUCAAUUUUACGAAGGCGAUCCAGAAAUAGCAUUCAACGAGGACUUCGUUAAAUUCCGAAAGUCUCUAGAGGUCAUCGAAACUUACACAGAUGAGUUUCUUCCUGAUAUGGUAGUGCCUCGUCACGUUGCAACCUGGGUUGGAUAUCCAGAGAAGUUGAGCUACCCAAAAAAGAAGUACACCAACAACCGUUUCACAAAGGAAGGAGACCUGACAAAUUUCGACGCGAUGACCCCAUUUCGAGCUCGCCAGAGAGCAACCGAACUGGCUCGAGCAAAGAAUGCAGAGUGGUUGCCUGAUGGCGUCUCACAAGCAUGGCAUAAAAGUGAGCGCCAAAUCUACGAAGACAUAGGAACUCUUGUAGGAUCAUUUCGAAAAGGAGAAAUCGAUGAAGAUGUCAAAGAGCUAAUUCAACCUGCAUUGAAGGUUCUUGGGUCAUGCGCCGAACUUUUGAGCAUUGAAAAUGAGACUGUCUUCCGAUUCCAUUAUCAUGGACUAAUGAAAAACAAGCAUGGUAUGGCUGCAUGGACAGAGACUUUGAUCCGUGAUUGCGGUGUUGAAGUCACGGGUGUAGUCUUCGAGACUGGUUUCAGAAAGCGUGAUCCUGCUUACGAUGGGGGAGAUCCUUACUAUGGAUUGUCAUAA